GCUUCUGGACUUUGAUUCAGAAUAUCAGGAGCUCUGGGAUUGGCUGAUUGACAUGGAGUCCCUGGUGAUGGACAGCCACGACCUGAUGAUGUCAGAGGAGCAGCAGCAGCAUCUUUACAAGCGGUACAGUGUGGAGAUGUCCAUCAGGCACCUAAAAAAGACAGAGCUGCUUAGCAAUGUUGAAGCACUGAGGAAAGGUGGCGUUUCACUACCAAACGAUCUCCUGGAAAAAGUGGAUUCAAUUAAUGAAAAAUGGGAACUGCUUGGGAAAACCCUAAGAGAGAAGAUACAGGACACAAUGGCAGGGCACAGCGGGUCGGGCCCACGUGACCUGCUGUCUCCUGAAAGCGGAAGCCUGGUAAGGCAGCUGGAGGUCAGGAUCAAAGAACUGAAAAGGUGGUUAAGAGAUACAGAGCUUCUCAUCUUCAAUUCCUGUCUGAGACAAGAGAAGGAAGGAAUGAGUACUGAGAAACAACUCCAGUACUUUAAGUCCCUCUGCCAUGAGAUCAAGCAGCGCCGUAGAGGGGUGGCCUCCAUUCUGCGGUUGUGCCAGCACCUUCUUGAUGACCGGGACACCUGCAAUCUGAAUGCGGACCACCAACCCAUGCAGCUGAUCAUUGUAAACCUUGAAAGAAGGUGGGAAGCCAUCGUCAUGCAAGCUGUCCAGUGGCAAACACGGCUACAAAAGAAGAUGGGAAAAGAAUCUGAGACUUUGAAUGUGAUCGAUCCUGGCUUGAUGGACCUAAAUGGAAUGAGUGAAGAUGCCUUAGAGUGGGAUGAAACAGAUAUAAGUAACAAGCUAAUUAGUCUGCAUGAAGAAUCUAAUGAUCUGGAUCAAGACCCAGAGUCUAUCAUACCCUCAGUGAAGCUUGAAGAGACACACCACCAGGAUCCUGGUUAUGAGGAGGAAGCAGGUGACUUUGGAGGGUCCCAGUAUACCUCAAGCAUCGAGGUACCUUCCAGCCCGCACAUUUACCAAGUGUACAGUCUUCACAACGUUACACUCCACAAGGACAGCCCCACUCCAUUUCUGAAAAGCAGUCCAAAGCUGACAGGCACAGCACAGCCUAGUGUUUUAACUAAGAGCCUCAGUAAGGAUUCUUCAUUUUCGUCUACAAAAUCGUUGCCAGAUCUUUUAGGGGGCUCCAGUUUGGUGAGGCCUUGCCCAUGUCACAGUGGAGACAUGAGCCAGAAUUCAAGCAGUGAGAGUGGAAUUGUCAGUGAAGGAGACAAUGAAAUGCCUACCAACUCUGAAAUGUGUUUGCUCAGUGUGGUAGAUGGAUCUCCAAGUAACCUUGAAACUGAACAUCUGGACCCACAAAUGGGAGGAGAUGCAGUCAACGUGUUAAAGCAAAAAUUUAAAGAUGAGGAGGAAUGCAAUAAGCUUCCAAAUACCUCUCAGUCAUCCAUCUCAUCAGUGGGUUGUGUAAAUGGAAAAGCUGGAGAUUUAAACAGUGUUCCCAAACAUACCACUGAUUGUGUAGGAGAAGAAUUACAAGGAAAACAUGAUGUGUUUACAUUUUAUGAUUACUCAUACCUCCAAGGCUCAAAACUCAAGUUACCAAUGAUAAUGAAACAGUCACAAAGUGACAAGGCACAUGUGGAUGAUCCCCUUCUUUGUGGCUUUUAUUUUGAUAAAAAAUCCUGCAAAUCUAAACAUCAGGCUUCAGAGUUACAAACAGAUGCGCUGCCCCAUGAAAGGGUUUUGGCAAGUGCACCCCAUGAAAUAGGUCGCAGCUCCUAUAAAAGUAGUGACAAAGAGAAGACACUCACAGGCAUUCAGAAUGCCCGACAGCUCUCCCUUUUAUCUCGUAGCUCAUCUAUAGAGUCCCUUUCUCCAGGGGGUGAUUUGUUUGGGUUAGGUAUCUUUAAAAAUGGCAGUGACAGCCUCCAGCGAAGUACUUCUUUGGAAAGUUGGUUGACAUCCUAUAAGAGCAAUGAAGAUCUUUUUAGCUGUCACAGCUCUGGGGACAUAAGUGUGAGCAGUGGCUCAGUGGGUGAGCUGAGCAAGAGGACAUUAGACCUCCUGAAUCGCCUGGAGAAUAUCCAGAGCCCCUCGGAGCAAAAGAUAAAGCGGAGUGUUUCUGAUGUCACUCUCCAAAGCAGCUCCCAAAAGAUGUCCUUUACUGGCCAGAUGUCAUUGGAUGUUGCAUCUUCUAUCAAUGAAGAUUCAGCAGCCUCUCUUACAGAACUGAGUAGCAGUGAUGAGCUCUCCCUUUGUUCGGAGGAUAUUGUGUUACACAAAAACAAGAUCCCAGAAUCCAAUGCAUCAUUCAGGAAGCGCCUGAAUCGCUCGGUGGCUGAUGAAAGUGACGUCAAUGUUAGUAUGAUUGUUAAUGUCUCUUGUACCUCUGCUUGCACUGAUGAUGAAGACGACAGUGACCUCCUGUCCAGCUCCACUCUCACCUUGACUGAAGAAGAGCUAUGCCUCAAAGAUGAGGACGACGACUCUAGUAUUGCAACAGAUGAUGAAAUUUAUGAAGAAAGCCACCUGAUAUCUGGGCUGGACUACAUAAAGAAUGAACUGCAGACUUGGAUAAGACCAAAAUUUUCCCUGACAAGAGAAAAGAAACGAUGUGGUGUCACUGAUGAAAUAAAGGGCAAUAAAGAUGGAGGUCGAAGUGAGAAGAUCAACUCCUCAGAUACCCUGAACAUUGAGGCCCUUCUUAAUGGCUCCAUCAAAUGUCUCUCUGAAAACAAUGGAAAUGGUAAGAAUUCACCCAGAACUCACGACUUGGGGACAGGAGGUGAAAACAAGAAAAAUACUUAUGAAGUCACUAAAGAUCCACAUGUGGCUGACAUGGAAAAUGGCAAUAUUGAGAGUAUUCCAGAAAGACAAAAGGAGAAGCUGAAUGGGAUUUCAGAAACAUCAGAGAACCCUGGUUUAAAUGUGAAAAAGAGUUCUGAAUCCAAGCAUAGUGAGUGUAAAGCAUUAACGGAUGCUUCAGAUGGUUCAAAUGUUGCUAGAAAGGAACUUGGUCCCCCAAAUGAUAGACAUCUUCCACAGAUAGGCCCAAAUCUCCACUAUUCUGAAAAUCAAAGUGCCCACUGCACACCUGUUGAGAACUCCUGCCCAGAACUGCUGUUAGAAACCAGAGAUGGAAGACAAGACAGUGAUGGACUAAAAUCUUUGUCUAAUGAUGUACCAAGUGGGGCUAGCAAAUCUGUGGGUUGCUGCCUACUCCAACAAAAUGAGACAGAGGAAAGUGCUUCUAUCAGCAACAGCACUUCCUGUUGCAACUGCCAGCCAGAUGUUUUCCAUCAAAAAGAUGCUGAAGACUGUUCAGUACAUGACUUUGUUAAGGAAAUCAUUGACAUGGCAUCAACAGCCCUGAAAAGUAAGUCACAACCUGAAAGUGAGGUAGCCGCUCCCACUUCAUUAACACAAAUUAAGGAGAAAGUGUUAGAACAUUCUCACCGGCCCAUGCACUUAAGAAAGGGGGACUUUUAUUCCUACUUAUCUCUUUCGUCCCAUGACAGUGAUUGUGGGGAGGUCACCAAUUACAUAGAUGAGAAGAGCAGCACCCCAUUGCCACCGGAAUCUGUGGACUUUAGCUUAGAUGACAAGGAAGACAUUGAAUGCUUCUUUGAAGCUUGUGUUGAAGAUGACCUUGUUGAUGAAAAAGCCUGUUUCUCCGGUGCCCUUCCAAAUGAACCAGCAGUUCCCGAUGAAGCUGCUAUGCCAACACAAGUGACAGCAAGCUCUCCUAUGGUUAAUGAUGCUGCUUCCUCACUGGAUGAGACAGACAUGAUAGCUCUUUCAGAACCUUCCCCUCAGAGAGGAGCUGACAAUAGAAAGGAAGUAGGUCAUGCGACCCAAACAUCCCAGGGCUGUGCAGAGAUCUCAGAGCUAACUACUCCUUCAGGACAGGCCAGUAAAGAUGGAAUCUCAAGAAACCAAGGUGAACCAGAAGAAAAUAACGCUGUUUCAGCCAAAUCAAAAAUUCAAGCUCGCCCACUGAAUGCUAAACAGCCAAAAGUCAAGGCUAUGCUGUAUCCCAGCCCGCAAACUUUAACCUGUAAAGAAACGCUUGUAAGCUUUCAUGAAGAUCGACAUAGAAACAUGCAUAGAUAG